UCACCCAAUUCAUACUCUGGGCUCAAUUCCAUUGCUUUCGUGUUGAUAUUCAUUUUUUUGCACUGAUGAGUCUUCAUUUGGUCUUGGUGCGCUUAUGGGUGCGUUGAAUUUAUCUAUAGCGGUCAACUUUUUGCGGGUACUUUGAGGGUUUAGCUUGCUAACUUCUUAGUGAUUGUAAAUUUGGGUUUUGAUUGGAUUUUGUUUUUGGCACUAGGAUAGUUUUAUAGGGAAUACGCGUCGAUAUCUGUAUGGGCAAAUGCUUGGUGUCUGAUUGAAGUUGGAGGUAGAUUGGUGCUUUGUCUUUUGUUUUUAGUCCCUAUUAGUUGGAACAAUUUUAUUUCUAAUCUCAUUUUUUCUUAAAAUUUAUGAGUAUUGGGAAAAUAUGUGGUUUGUUGAGUCCGGCUGAGUACUUCUUUCCUAAGAAUAAAAAGGGUUCCUUUGAAGCAUUUAAAGUGUAAAAUAAAAGGAUUUUACAUAAUUUGUUCCUGUUGUGUUCAUGGCUAUCUUCAUUGCAAUUGAAUCUUGAUUCUACAUGGAUUUGCCUUUCGAACAAAGAGAAAAAGAAAAAUGGUUUUACCAUGCAUAUGACAACUACUUGGCCCAUGCAUUCCCGCACGAUGAGCUAAAGCCUCUUACUAAAUCUUUCACUGACUCUCUUAGUGAGCUUGGAAAUCUGAAGCUUGAACACUUACCACAAGACUAUAAGGGAUCUGCCCUUACACUUGUUGAAUCUUUAUCCAGCCUUGUUAUUUUGGGUAACAACACUGAAUUUGAAAGGGCAGUACUUUGGCUUUCUGAAAAUCUAACAUUCAAUGUCGAUGCAAGGAUAAAUCUUUUUGAGUGCAACAUAAGAGUUCUUGGAGGACUUGUUUCUGCUCAUAUACUUGCAACUGAUUCUACAAACAGGUUGGUUAAUAGCUCCUACAGGAACGAGCUGCUUUUCUUGGCUGAAGAUUUAGGGAAGCGGUUUCUACCUGCAUUCAAUACACCCACUGGGUUGCCAUAUGCAUGGAUUAACUUAAAGUAUGGAGUGAUGGUGAAUGAGACUACUGAAACAAGCACUUCAGGGUGUGGGUCUUUGAUUCUUGAAAUGGGAGCCUUAUCACGAUUGACUGGUGACCCCAUAUAUGAAUAUGCCGCUUUACGCUCUCUUCGUAAGUUGUGGAGCAUGCGGAGCUCAUUGAAUUUAUUUGGAACGACACUGGAUGUGGCAACCGGGGAAUGGCUCGAGCAUUCGUCUGGUAUUGGGGCUGGGGUUGAUUCAUUCUAUGAGUAUCUAUUCAAGGCCCACAUUCUUUUUGGGAAGGAGGAGUUUUGGAGAAUGUUUCAUUCUGCUUAUCUUGCAGUGCAAAAAUAUUUCAGACAUGGUCCAUGGUACCACGAAGCUGAUAUGAGAACGGGAAAGGCUACGUAUUGGCAGCUUACAAGCCUUCAAGCAUUUUGGCCGGGCCUACAGGUUCUCGUUGGGGAUAUUGCAGCUGCUAAUUCAUCACAUCGUGAAUUUUUCCAUGUAUGGGAGAGGUUUGGGGUUCUACCAGAGAGGUAUCUACUGGACCAUCAAAUGUUGCAUCCCACAGAAAAAUAUUACCCUUUGCGCCCUGAAUUUGCAGAGUCAACAUUCUACUUAUAUCAAGCCACCAAAGAUUCAUGGUACUUAGACGUGGGUGAAUCAAUUGUAAAUUCUCUUAAUUUACACACCAAAGUGGAAGGAGGAUAUGCAAGCGUAAGAGAUGUAACAACCAUGCAGUUGGAAGAUCAUCAGCAUAGUUUUUUCCUUGCUGAAACAUGCAAGUACCUAUAUCUUCUGUUUGAUGAUUCCUUUUUGGUCAAUCGGAAUUUUAUAUUCACGACUGAGGGUCAUCCCCUUCCAGUAUUAAGUGACUGGCAUGAAAGGCUUCCAGAGACCUACAUCCCAACAAACUGGACUUUUGCUCAGGGUGAAAAGAAAGCAAGACGAGCCAGUGCAAUGUCUUUGCAAGUCUGUCCAGCCAGAGCAUUGAAUACUUGGGGACAGGGCGACCAACAGGCAGAGAGUGCUUGCCACAUCCCUGAUGCUCGUAUUGACCACCGGUGUUUGACGGAUGAAGAAUGUGGAGUUGAUUCGACCACGUGUCGACGAAGAUCAUGUAGCAUGGCUGGCUACUGUGGGCUAUGGUUUACAAGCUCGCACCCAUGUGAGAGAAAAUAGGGAAAAGGGGAGAGUAGGAAUACAUGGUAUGGAAAUUCUUCCAAAGUGAUGCGAUCAUUUUUUUAUUUUUGGGUCGCAUAACAUUAGCAUCUUUGUAUUUUGAGAUCAUGAGCCUUCUGUAAGAUCAUGGAAAUCAAACUCUAGCUGCUCUGCAUAUCAACUUUCCAAAGGUUCGUGCUGUGUAUCACAAAUCCCUAAAGCAUGUCUUGCAAUUGCCUCUCAAUCGUUCAGCUUCGUAAGUGGCUUGGCAUUUUAAUUUGAGCUAUCAUCUUCAUAUUAGAUUUAUCAUCUUUAAUCACAUCUGUAGUUCUAACAUAUUUCAAGUUAAAUAUCAUUCUUCAUGUUAAAUUGUUUAAGUGAUUGCGAAAGUUAUAGGCAUAUAAAGACUUAAAUUGUGUCAUUUCAACACCUGUGACUACAAUAGUAAAGUUUAGGAUAAGAAUAAUAUUAUUCAUCACUUAAAUGAAUGCUUACCAAUGGGAGUAAAGGAGAAUAGAUAAGUUUUUCCUUAUAGCAUGGGAAAUGUGGUAUAGAAGAAAUCAGAAGAUGCAUGAAGGAAACAUCCUUCAGCCUGAGCAAGUGUUUGAUUAUGCUUUGUAUAAAGAACACAAUGAGGUCAGAAUGGAGCCAAAGCAGAUGAAAAUAUUUAGAAGUGUAGCUGGUUACCUCCUCCCUUCAGGGAUGUUGAAGUUGAAUAUCGAUCGGCUAUAUUUCAUGAUCAAUGUAGGGCAGGAGUGAGGAUUAUCCUCAAGAGAUGAAAAGGGAAAGGUUAUCAUGUCUACUAGCAGAAAAAGAAAAUGAAGUGAAUGACCAUGGAGAUUGAACUGUUAGUAAUAUUGAGGGGUUUACAAUUAUGUUUUCCUUUGGGACUACAUGAUCUAAUGGUGGAAAGUAACUCAGUUGCUGUUGGUGAGUCUAUGUCCCUGCUAGGGAAUUUGAUCAAAGAUGUGAAAGAUUUGAUGCAGAAGAACCCUAGAUGUACAAUACAGCACACUGGUCGUGUGGCAAAUGAAGCUGCACACAGAAUGGUUAAACAUGCAUGGAGGUUAUAAGACUAUGACAGUUUGGUAGAAUUCAUUUCCAGACUGUGUUUCACAAAUUGUGUGGUCUGAUACUUUGAUGUAAUCAUGUUUUGGUUGAAUAAAUUACCUUUUGAUAUUAAAAAAAAAAAA